GUUUCAUCCUCCAUCAAACUGGUAUUUUAUAUGGUAGAGAACAGUAAACAAAAACGGCGGCGUAUCGAAGAUGCAUACGUGGACGCGUCUUCUUCCAACGAAUUACAUUCGAUCACCUUCUUCAACCCAAAACCAAACUACUAUCUCCCUCUCUUACCUGUUGCUCGUCGCUUAUCGCAUCUCAGCCCUACAAGUUUUUUUGGGUUACCUAUUAUGAAGUUAAAUAAAAAAUAAAUAGAUAUUAAUAACCCCACUAGUAUAAAUUGAUUUACUUGUAUAAAGCCCAAUACUUGCUUUUGUGUUUUUUACUUAGUUUUUUGCACUUAAAUCUCUUUUGAUGGCAGAUGCUAUUCGAUUAUUAUCAUCGUCGUCGUCUUCUUUAAUUCAUUCGCUGCGCUUCUCUUCGCCUUCACUGCUCACCACUUUCCACUUCGCUUCGAAUUAUCCACUAUUAUCUCUUGGACCAACCAAUCAGAAUUCGGAUAAGAUUUUUUCUUAUUCUUCUUCUAUUGGUCUUGCUCCGCUUGCUCUGAUUCCCAGAAAACCAUCGCUCUCUUUCAAGGUGCAUGCAACAGUCGAAGAAACUGAGCAGCCAAAAUGGUGGGAAAGGAAUGCGGGACCAAAUAUGAUUGAUAUUCAUUCUACAAAAGAAUUUAUCAGUGCCUUAAGUGAAGCUGGGGAUAGAUUAGUUAUUGUAGAAUUUUAUGGAACUUGGUGUGCUUCCUGCAGAGCAUUAUUUCCCAAGCUCUGCAGAACGGCGCAAGAACAUCCGGAAAUUAUAUUCCUCAAAGUAAAUUUUGAUGAGAAUAAACCUAUGUGUAAAAGUUUGAAUGUUAAGGUGCUUCCUUAUUUCCACUUCUAUCGCGGAGCUGACGGACAGCUAGAGUCCUUUUCUUGUUCACUUGCUAAGUUUCAGAAAAUAAAAGAUGCCAUUGAAAUGCACAAUACAGCUCGAUGCAGCAUCGGUCCACCCAAGGGAGUUGGAGAUCUUAAUCUCGAAUCUGUCUCUGCUCCGAAAAACGACAAGCCAACUGGUUCAAGUUAAACAUGGUGGGGCUAAACCAAUUUGUCUAUGAACACGCACCAAGUGAAAAUUCCUUUGUAAGCCAUUUACAAAUAUUUGCAAACUAACAUUUUCAUGUAAAAAGAAAAAGAAAAGUUGAUGGGAACUCAUUGUUGGGAUGCAUUCUUUGUCUUGUAAUGCAUGUAAAGUUUAAAGCUUGAAUUCUAAAUUUCGUUUCUUUAGAAAGUGGAUCAAAGAACUGUAACAUCCUGCAUGUCUGUCAUAUUAAACUCUCAAGCAAGCUCUCUACUUCAAAGGUUUAUUUGCAGAGGUACACUAAGGGCCGCCAUCACCUACAAGCUUCUGAUGGCUGGCUUCUUUCUCCGUCGAGACAACCUGUCAAAAUGCACAGCAGUAUGGAUGAAUGUAGACAUGAUUCAGUUUACUAACAAGUAUUAGAUGUCUUUUCAUUAAUCAAUGCACUGUGUAACAUUACAAUUAUUGCAAGUAAAUUUAAGUGACAACGAAGUUAAUACAA